GGCGGCUAAGGAUGCACCCGGCAGGCUUGGCGGCGGCGGGGACUCCCCGGCAGCGUAAGUGGCCCUCAAAGCGGAGGAUCCCUGUGUCCCAGCUGGGCAUGGCUGAUCCCCACCAGCUUUUUGAUGACACAAGUUCUGCCCAGAAUUCGGCCCAGAGCCGGGGCUAUGGGGCCCAGCGGGGGCCCAGUGGCCUGGGCUACCCUGCAGCUUCCGCGUCCCCCCAGGCAGCCUUCCUGGCUGAUCCUGUGUCCAACAUGGCCAUGGCCUAUGGGAGCAGCCUAGCCGCACAGGGCAAGGAGCUGGUGGAUAAAAACAUUGACCGCUUCAUCCCUGUCACUAAGCUCAAGUAUUACUUCGCUGUGGACACCCUGUACGUGGGCAGAAAACUGGGGCUGCUCUUCUUUCCGUACCUGCACCAGGACUGGGAGGUGCAGUACCAGCAGGACACGCCAGUGGCCCCCCGCUUCGAUGUCAACGCUCCUGACCUCUACAUUCCAGCUAUGGCUUUUAUCACCUACAUCUUGGUGGCUGGCCUGGCAUUGGGAACCCAGGAUAGGUUCUCCCCCGAUCUCCUAGGUUUACAGGCCAGCUCCGCAUUGGCCUGGCUGACGCUGGAGGUGCUGGCCAUCCUGCUCAGCCUCUACUUGGUCACCGUCAACACCGACCUCACCACUAUUGACCUGGUGGCCUUCUUGGGCUACAAAUAUGUCGGGAUGAUUGGCGGGGUCGUCAUGGGCCUGCUCUUUGGGAAGAUUGGCUACUACCUGGUGCUGGGCUGGUGCUGCGUGUCUAUCUUUGUGUUCAUGAUCCGGACGCUGCGGCUGAAGAUCCUGGCCGAGGCUGCGGCUGAGGGAGUCCCAGUGCGCGGAGCACGGAACCAGCUGCGCAUGUACCUGACCAUGGCGGUGGCAGCUGCGCAGCCUCUACUCAUGUACUGGCUCACCUUCCACCUGGUGCGGUGAGGGCGACCGGCCCUGCCUCUAACUGCUGCUCCUACUGCCUCAUCUCUGGGCCACCUGCCAGCUCCUGCCUGCCCGCCCUGCUGUGGUCCAGGCGCUGCCGCCAGCCCCCCAGCCUGAGAC